UCGCCUCAUUCUCUCGCUCUCUCGUGUUCCAAGAUGGCGGCGGAUGCUGAGGCGGCUUCGGGCUUCCUAGGCUUCGGCCUGUCGUCGCGGGACCCGGGCCGGCUCCCUUCGCGGCGGGCCGGAGGGCUGGGCGCCAGGAACCGCAAGAAGGGCUGGAAGCGGUGGCGAGGGCCGGAGGCCCAGCUGGGCCGGGAGCUCGGAGACUGGCUGGAGGAGAAGGCGACCGAACUGCGGCAGUUGGGAGGGCCAGUCUCGGAGAAGCCGGAUGAAACCUUGUUCUUUGUAGACACUGGCAGUGAGGAGAAAGACCAAAAACAGAACCAUGGCAAAGAGAAACCCUUGAAGAUCGACUUGAUUCUACAAUCAGACUCCAAGAUCCCAGCACCCAAAGACAUCCUCUCCUAUCAGGUCCCCAAUGGUAAGAAACUGAAGCGGAAGAGGAGGCUAUGGGAGAAGCUGGAAGAAAAAGGGGUGCUGCCACGGAAAGAGCGCCUCCUUCAGGAGAGGUUGAAAAAAGCACCAGCCGCAACAGACAGCUGCAUGGAAGUAGGCAGCGGCACCAAUCCUUCCAGGGGGUUCUACGAUAUCUGGUCGGACUCAAACCCACUGGAUAAAGCUUUGGCCGGAAAGGAUAUCUGGUUCCUGGAACAGACCAAAAAGCAGCCAGUGAAGCGUCCAGAGAGGCUGAAAAAGGCUCCAUCCCAGUUGCCAGCUGUGGAAGUCAUUUCUCCGGGAGGGUCAUACAAUCCGAGUUUCCAGGCUCACCAGGCGCUGCUCUUCAAAGCCCAUGAAAUUGAGCUGAAGAGGCAGAAGGCAGAGGAGAAACUUGAACGGCAGCUGAAUUUCCCCACAGUGGCUGAAGCCCCCACCCAGGAAACAGUCUUCCGGGAGCAGUGCGAAGGGCUCCUGGAGGAGGAGUCCAGUGACGAGGAGGGGCAGGAGAGCCCGUUGAAGCCCCAGGAGGAGGAACCACAGACAGACGCAGGCUCUGCUCUCUCUUUGCCCCGACGUGGGGCAGGAGAGAAGAAGACGGAGCGGCAGCGGAAGAAGGAAAAGGCGGCCAAACGCCUGAAAGCCCGGGCGCUGGGCGAGAAGGCAGCCCGGCUCCGGCAGCAGAAGUUGUUCCAGCUGCGCUCCAUCCGGCUGCAGGUGAAGCAGCGGGAGGCGGAGCUGUUGCGCCGGAAACGAGCCCGGCAGGCCAAGCGGGAGGCCGAGGCGAACAAGCCCAAGCGGCUGGGCAGGCUGAAGUACGAAGAUCCAGACGUGGAUGUGCAGCUGAGCACCGAACUGGCAGAGUCCUUGAGGACACUGAAGCCUGAAGGCAGCAUCCUGAAAGACCGGUUCAAGAGCCUGCAGAAGCGCAACCUUAUAGAGCCCAGGGAGCGUGCAAAGUUCAAAAGAAAAUACCGCCUGAAAUAUGUUGAGAAACGUGCCUUCCGGGAGAUCACGUUAUAGAGCACGGAUUACACCUGAUCAUCUUGUCCCCUCAUGUUUUAAUUAAAACUCCAUCACUCAG